AUGUUGCAAGAACGUUCCUUAAUGAUUCUGCUGGGCGCAAUUAUGGCGGUGGUGUUGCCUUGCUUUGCAUUUAUUCCAGAACGCUCUGUGAUCGUUCCAGCUUCUUGGAACGUGGUGCCGUCGUUAGAAACUGAGCAAAAGGUUACCGUGAACCAUUCUUCCAGCAAGAAAACCGAAGUGACCGGAAUCGAUAAAUCCUUGCAAAUUUCGAACACGAAGUCGACGAAGUCUGUCGAACGAACCAGUCCCACGGAUUCGACGCGCGAGAAAAGAUUCGAUUUCAUCGUGGAGAACGUCGAAAAUGGGAAUGUCAUCAUGAUUAUCGCCGAGCCGGAUAAAGAUCAAGAAGAUUUCUGGAAGGAUUUUAAAGCUACACACUCGUUUCCUGUUGAAGGAAUGCUUCAGACCACCCAACCAGACGAACUGAAAUUCUCCUGGGAUGAAAUCAGGGACAGGAAACUCGAAUGUGAACACUUACUGCGUUCGAACAUUGUAGUACUGUUGUCUUGGACAUGGAAUAUUAAAGGAAUGCCCACAGGAACAUUAUCCAACGGCAACUUCACUAUUCCACCGAUGUUCGGCUACGAAGAGUCAGCAGGACUUUCGAAAGAUUUCGAUGAACUCGAGGAGAGCAGCAUGAAAUCGGAGAUUCGUAAACAGAAACGUGAAGGUCACAGUGAUUGGCCUGUGAUCGAUUUGGGAAAACCGUAUUAUCGUGCUUCGCCGUUGACGCCAUUAGCGAGCACCCGAGAUGACGAUGAAGCUGCGUUGUACGUGUUCAACGUGUUCUCCAAGAUGAGGCUCGUUCUGUUCCGAUUGCUGGAGUCUCUUGGCGGCAACACAGGCACUUCGGAGGACUCGAUUCGCACUCGCAAAUCGCAUCUGCCUCAAUUCAAUUUGCUGGACCUAGUGGAGAGACUGAAGUCCGCGGAAAACGAGAAAGGUUUCAUAUUGGUCGCCUCGCUGCCUGCCAGCGAACUCAAUUCCGCCUUCGACUUCCUGCAGUACGAGGCAUCUCACGAUACUCUUCUCGUGGUGACUGGAGUUUGCACCCACGACGCGAAAUCUGUGCCAUUUUUCGCUCAAGGACCAUCCGCGAAAACUCUUCGCGAGGCGACGACAAUUUGGAAUGUUCCUACAGUCAUUAAGAAUAUCUUCGUGAACGGUUGUCAGGAUUCGAAUUGUAGAAAUCGUCAACACAGCGUCGCACCGCUUCCCGUUCCUCAGAUGAUCAUCCCGUACAAUGUGGCCAACCUGAGGAGAUCGUCUCGAGAAACCAUCGCCAAACCGGAUGACGAGAAGAAAGCUGCUGCGCCGACUGUUAAGAAGGAGGAGGCAGCGAACGAUGACGCGAAGAAUACAACGUCCAAACUCCAGAAACGAAAUUCGGCAAGCCUCACGAUGGCAGAAAAAUUUACCACGAUCUUUGGCACAGUCGCCACGAUGAUCGCCACAUUGACACUUACCUCUUAA